AUGUUCAAUAAAGUUGGAAAUAAGGAAAACAAAUAUACGCUGAAAACUGAUGAAUCGAAUAUUGAAGAAUUACCGCAUAUAACAAAAAUAAAAAGUGAUCAUUUGGAAUAAUUAAUAUUUAAUGUUAAAUUGUAUACAGAGAAUCAAAACAUUGAUUAAAUGAAAAAAUUUUUGGUUAUGAAUUAUAAAAAAUUUAAUGAUUUACAAUGUGCCUUAGAAUAGUGUGAAAAUGAACUUGAAUAAUUAAAUAAAUAAGAAUUGCAAUUUGAAAAUUAAAGUUAAGAAAAGAAUUAGGAGAAGGAAUUAUAAAUGUUAUAAUAAAAUUUUGAGGCAUUGUAAAAGGAAGAAUAAUAGUAUUAAUAGUAAAUAAAACAGAAAUAAUUACAAUUGUAGAAUUAAAUGUUUUAUCGAGAAUACUAUUAUAUGUAAUAAGAGAAAUAAGGUUUGAUAGCAUAGAAUGCAAAAUUACUUUAAUAAAAAUAAUCUACUCAUGGUUGA